AUGCCAUCUAUGGAGUUGCAACCGUCGUCCUCUCCGACCGCCGAGGUCGAAGGAGCCCCGGCCACCAAGGCCGACAUCGACCUCGUCGAGAGCGCCGAGGCAGGCCAGCCGUCCACCUAUGCAGAGUCAGUGGCCACUCGCCUCCCCAAGGCGCAUCGGGAUUAUCUGCUUGAACGGCAUGGGACGUAUGAACUCGAUCCUAUCCCGGGAAUGGACCCGGCGGAUCCUUACAACUGGCCCGAAUGGAAGAAAAUGUCCAAUCUUAUUCUGGUGGCAUUCCACGCCUGCAUGGGCACCUUUACUGCUGCCGCCAUCAUUCCUGCCUAUGCGGACAUCGCCAAAGAGCUUAACGUCAACCUGCAAAAGGCCAGUUACUUGACGUCGCUGCAAAUCGCCAUCCUGGGAGGAGCUCCUCUAUUCUGGAAGCCGUUGUCUAAUCGGUUCGGGCGACGCCCCAUCUUCCUUCUGUCACUUAUCUGCAGCCUGGUGUGCAAUAUUGGCUGUGCCAAAAGCACCACCUAUGCCUCGGUAGCCGCCUGCCGAGCCCUUGUUGCCUUUUUCAUUUCCCCGGCCUCUGCCAUCGGCAGUGCCGUGGUGAUGGAGACGACUUUCAAGAAGGAUCGCGCCCGGUAUAUGGGUGUUUGGACACUCAUGGUCACUCUGGGAGUACCGAUCGGGCCUUUUAUCUUCGGCUUCGUGACCUACCGGGCUGGCUAUCAAUGGAUCUAUUGGAUCCUAGCCAUGAUCAACGGGGCUCAGUUCAUCUUGUAUCUGCUCCUGGGCCCGGAGACCCGCUACGUGGGUAGCGGCGCCGAAUAUCAGGGAUCAAGCUGGAAAACGCAGUAUCUGUCACUUCGGCGGAUCGAUCCGACUCCGCUGACCUGGUACGAGUUCGUGCGACCGCUGACCAUGGUGCGCCACCCGUCGAUUAUGAUCCCUGCCUGUGCAUACUCGAUGGUCUUCCUGUUUGGAAGCAUCCUGGCGACGGUCGAAGUGCCGCAGCUGCUGCAGGAGAAGUUCGAGCUAAACUCCGAACAGCUGGGUCUGCAGUUCUUGGGCGUUAUCAUCGGGUCCGUGAUUGGCGAGCAGAUGGGCGGCGUUCUGUCCGACUUCUGGAUGAGCCGUCGCGCACGACGCCUGGAGCACAAGCCCGAGCCCGAGUACCGGCUGUGGCUCAGCUACUUCGGGUUCGCACUCACCAUCAUCGGCAUGAUUGUCUUCCUGGUCUGCACCCAGGAGUCUCCCUCUGGCCACUGGAACGUGUCGCCCAUCAUCGGCACCGCCAUCGGCGCCGUUGGCAACCAGCUAGUCACGACGGUCAUGAUGACCUACGCCGUCGACUGCUAUCCUCAGGAGGCUGCCAGCGUGGGUGUGUUCAUCACCUUCGUGCGCCAGAUCUGGGGGUUUAUUGGCCCUUUCUGGUUCUCUCCCAUGUUCGAAAAUGUCGGCGUGGCUUCCAGCUCGGGUGUUGGAUCGGCGCUGGUCAUCGCGGUGAGUGUCAUUCCGACCAUUUUCCUCCACGGGAAAGGGCGGACCUGGCGUUUGCGGGAGGAGUAG